ACCCCGCUCCAGGUCUAUACAUUUUUGCCCUCCACAACAUAAUGCAGCGCGCGGUCCAGAGCUUCGCUCGGCUAGCCCGGGCUCAGCCCCCGAUGACCCGCGCCUUUGCGCUGGAGGGAACCAAGUUCAGCGAGGGCGAGAAGGCGAUCGAGGACCUUUUCUUCAGCAAGGAGGACCAGCGCCUGAUGUCGAAGCUUCUGCAGAAGGUCAAGGAGCAGUCCGACCUCGCGGACAGGCACGCUGCUGAGGGUGCCAAGGCCGCCGAGCUGUCGGCGCUGAAGCAGAUCGUGGGCAAGUACGACCUGCCCAAGGAUGUGCUGGAGAAGCUGAUCAAGUGGAAGCACGUGCACUACUGAGCAGUUGCUAAGCGCGUCUCGCCAAUGUGCUGAGUGAACGGGCGGCGCUGCGGGGCCGUGGAGGCGCAGCGCGGCUCUGGCGGCCGCGUGCAGCAGUGGCGGCGGUACAGCUGGAGGCCCGCGGCGGAAGACUGGCGGUGCUGGUGUUGGUGUGCGGGCGUGUGCUUAGGAGCGGGUGGGGCGAGGGCGGCAAAGCAGAAGCCGGCAAGCAGCAGCAGCAGCAGUGGCCGUGACCGCGCGGGCGUUUGGGCUCGUGUCGCGCCUUGUUGAGCUUAUAUGUGUGGUGGAUUAUGGUGUGCCGUGUGUGGGUAUCUUGUCGUGGUAGUUAGAUGCAGGGGUCAGCGUAGUUAGGCAUGGGGGCAUGUGGGCGAGGUGAAAGGGCGGCCGAAGGCUGCACGCCUGCUGCUGUCAUAGCUAGGGCAUAGGAUGACUGAGGCUCAGGUUGUGGCUGCCUUCACCACCGCGAGGAUGCAAGCGUGUAACGGAAGGGGAGU